CCACACGAUGUGCAGUUAGCGCACCUGGUGGGCUGUGAAGAUCCGCGAGCCAUCAUGGUCCGUGACUGCGUGGUGGUUCCUCACAGCUUACCACUUAGUCGGUGUGCCUGUGCCAAAAAGCCGAGCACUCACCUUCACACAAACACACACAACUUAACUACCAGAGACCGUCCCACAUCUUCACCGCAUCACCCCACCAACCCAGCCCCAGGGCUCCCGACACGAACGGACUCAUUUAAGACGACAAGAAGCCCUUAAAUGCACACGCAUGGCAGGCAAAAACGAAAUGUCCUGUGAGUGAGUGAGGGUGUUGCAAAUACCACACCCACAGACUCCCUCUCUCUCUCUCUCUCAUCCAGACACCCUGCCGUACGAAACGUACCUUCCUUUGGGCAGCAUGACAAGCACACAAACAUACACAUACAAUGAGCGGGAUCGACGGACAUCCACACGCGCAUCGCAUCGCAUCGCAUCCAGUCGGAUUUUGCAAAUGCACACACAACACAUACCCACACACAUGGCAUGGACCCAUCAACCCAUGUUAGUUAGAAUCCACGUCUCGACGUCUCGACAGUGAGAUCGAUCACGCCUCACCUCACUCAGGUCAGGUGCUCACUCACUUCAUCCAGUCGGCGAGCGACAGACGAUCCAGAGGGUUCCUGGGGAUGGUGGGCGGGUUCUUGGGGAUGAGGACGGGCCGAGGCUUCCUCGGGGUCACAGUGACGGAGUUGCGCCGCGAGUACUGCAUGGGAUACACCUCCCCGCCAGACACCAGCCCAUAGAGGCAUGGCUCUUUGACACGGUGAGCCUGAUUGACGCACACACGCCGGGGCACAUGCGCUGGGUGCAUUGCAUUGCCAUUUCGGUUGGCCCAUGCACUCACUGCACUUGCCUGCAGGCACUCGAUGGCGUCCUCGACCGUCUUGAACUGGAUGAAGCAGAUGUGUGAGACGCGGCGCACAUCCAGGGGUGAAGGGCCGCUCUCAGGCAGACCCUUCAAUCAUACAGACAGACAGACAGACAGACAGAAGGACGCACCGCACAAGGACACGACACCCAGGGAUGAGAUGCAAUGCAGGCACCAGUGCCAACCCACCCCCCCAUCGACCGACCUCUGUGAGCAGCUUCUCCAGUUCGGCGAGACUUUUCUCGUAGGGCCAGGUCUCCAUAACUAUCUGCACAUCCAUCUCACACAACCAACCCAACACAGGUGGCCACAAUGAUCCGUGCGGUCUCGUUGGUCGCCCACGGUGUUUGUUGGCUGGCGAAUGGGGGGGCUGCUGCCUCGCGCAGGCGGCGACCGCGGUGGCGAUGGCGAGGGCGACCGAAGCCGACGUCGCUUCGGUGUAGUGCUACGUCUGGCACACAGGCAGCCAGCCAGCCACCAGUAUGUGUGUGUACUGAUUGACACACCCCUUGUGUACUCACGAGCGGUUCAGGAUGUUCCCUGGGAAAGGGUCAGGGUUGGAGUUGCGCCUCGAAUACUGCAGGCCAUAGACCUUAUCGCCACACACGAGCCCAUAGGCGCACGGCUCGUUGACACGGUGCGCCUGACACACACACAAGCACGCCUGUUUGGCUCACUCCCCUCACUUAUUCACUCACCCGCAGGAACUUAGUGGCGUCGUCGACGGUCCUGAACUGAAUGAAGCACAGCCUCUGAAGCGCAAUGCUGUCCCCCGCUUCUCGGCGGACAUCCAAAGGAGGAUGGCAGCUCGCAGGCAGCCCCUACAGACAGACAAUUAACACACAAGCGCGCGGUUCAUGUCGAUGUGCGGGCGGGUGCCCUCACACGUACCUGUGUGGCCAGUUCCUCCAGCUCAAUGAGGCCUUUGUCGUUAGGCCAUCCGUCAACCACAAUCUGCACCCGCGUCACACACAGAUGGCUCCUUGAGUGCUCGUGUGUGGUCUUGUUGGCCGCGCACGGUGUUUGUUGGCUUGCGAAUGGGGGGGCUCCUGCCUCGCGCAGGCGGCGACCGCGACCGAUUGCGACGUCGCUUCGGUGUUGUGCUGCGCCUGACAGACACACACCCACACAGCCAGCCACCCAUAUGUGCGUGUACUGAUUGACAUAAAGCCUCUCGUCACUCACAGGAAUGGGCUGCUGACGGAGUUUCGCAUCGAGUACUGCAAGGGAUAGACUUUCUCAUCACGCACCAGCCCAUAGCCGCACGGCUCAUUGACACGGUGCGCCUGACACACACACACACACACACACACGGACACGUGUGUGGGUUGAGUGCGGCCUCCCUCGUUCACUUUCUUUUGAGCCAUGCACUCACUCACCUGUAGGAAAUCAGCGGCGUCGUCGACCGUCCUGAACUCGAUGAAGCACAGCGGCUUCUGGGACGCCCCUGCCGCCGCUCGCCGGACGUCCACAGGAGAAGGACAGCCGUCAGGCAGCCCCUGCACGUUCGCAUAGAGGGAGGGAGGGACACUCACUCACUCAGAAGAGAUCACUAACUGUGGCCAGCCGGCAGGUUACCAUGGACGAAAGCGCAUGUCCAUACCUCUGUGGCCAGUUUCAUCAGUUCCGCCAGAGGCUCAUUGCUGGGCCACAUGUGUACUACUACCUGCACCCAUCUCAUCUCACACACGACACAUACAUACAGGAUGGAUGGAUGGACGGUGGCUGCUCGACUGUGUCUGUGGGGCGUUUGGCUGUGUACCUACCGUGUCUGUUGCCGUGCACAGCGAUGGCGACCGAUUGAGGCGGAUGGGCGAGAGCGACCAGAGAUUGCGGGGGACCCCUCUUUGGCGUCGUGCUGCGCCUGACACACAACACAACGCAACACACCACAGCUCGCCACAGCACCCAGUGUGUGGCCAUCUUCAUCUGAGGGGACGCAGGUAGGUACCUCACCGUCGCAUGUCUGCAGACACAAACAGACGGACACAAAUGGUGUGUGUGUGGUCGAGUGCGUCUUUGCCCGCCUAGCUCACUCACCCUGGCUGUGGGGUGACCGGUCGGACCGCUCUCGCCGCUUGCUGCUUUGGCGAGGACGGGAAGGGGAUAAUGGCGAAGACGGCGAACGACCCUGAUGGAUGCACACACGUGAGACCCUACAUGAGCCUGCUAGUUGUCGCUCGUGUGUUCAUGUAGGUAGGUACUUGUCGGUUGUCUGUCUGUCGUCGGUCGUCCCGGUCGUAAUAAUCCUCGUCGCGAGGGGAAAGCCGCCGGUUGCUGCCGCCCCGCGAGACGGUACGGAGCGCUGCACAGAGAGAUGAGAUGAAGGCAGUGCAGACACGGUCAUAUUGGCAUGGUUCACUACUUUGUCUCUGUCUCAUGUGAUAUGCCUGCGGUGUGUGUUUGGCUUACAUGGGCUGCGACUGUCACGGCCGUGUCCACCAUCCUACACACAUCCAUCCAUUCAUCCCACACACAGACAGCAAAGCACAGCACACGGGCGCAAAUGCCGCACCACUCGACCUGCGUACAUUGUCACGUGAGCGCGAGCGACGGCGGCUGACGGACGGACGGACAGACAGACAGAAUGGAUGGAUGGAUGGACGAUGCAUGUGCUCUGCCUGUCUGGCGUGCCAGCGUACUCUCUGUCCCUUGACGGCUCUCUGGAGUGGCCACUGUCAUACUUGUCAUCGUACUCAUCGUCAUAGCUGUCUCGGCGGCGUCUGGUUCUGUCGACAGAUGGCGACAUGCUGCCGCCUGGGGAACGAGAGCGUUCACCAGAGCCUCGGCCGCUGUCUGCUGCUGGGGGUGGGACGUCUGGGUGAGUGAAUUGCCAGAGAGAAAGAGCAUAUCACACCAAGCUUGGUAGGGAUGUCUGUGUGUGCGUGUGCAUCCCUACCUCGAGGCGGGUGUCCAUUGUCUUGCUCGCGCUGGGCGGGUGGCUCCUGUUUGACGGCAGGCGGUGCAGUGGGCACCCACAGACGGCCCUGCAUUGCAUGUGCGUUCAAUUCACCACACACAGAACGGACGCACACCCCACGUGUGUCGAGUGGAAGGUUGAGUGGGUGACCUACGGCGUGUUCAUUGUAGAUGUGUUUGAGCCAGUUGCAGAGGUCGAGUGCCUGCCCGCGGAACUGGGGCGUGUUGCCCAGGCAGUCGCUGUUGAUCUGGGUGGCCGUCUUGCCACUCAUCGUUGCCAAAUGAGAACCCUUGUACCGACUCUGACAGAUUGAUUACAUCCAUCCCACCCACCCAUAUAUCGUGAAUCGCCUCGCAUCGCCUCUGUGUGUAUCCCACCCCACCCACCCCACCCACAAACACACAUACCUCGAUGACAAUCUCCAGAACGCUCUUGGCCAGCUCGCUGUCAUCUCGCUCGAGCGCCUUGACCAGCUGGUGGUGGUCCAGGUUGAUCAGCUGACGCUCCACGCACCCAGCAGGCGCCCUCUGCUCCGUCGGUGACUGCCUGCGGGCUGUGGAGAUGGGGUCGCCUUCCUGCUGAUUGCCACCCCCACCACCACUCGUGGCUGCCCCAGCCUCAGUCUUGACUCGGACGCCAGCACCCUUCCGCACGCGCCUUCCCUCCCUCUGCUGCUGCUGCUGCUGCUGGUGGUGGUCGUCAUCAAUGACGAUUGCCUCUCGCUGCUGGUUGCAAGCACGGCGCCGGGCCCCAUCAGUGCGUCCUGGCAAGCGCCGAAACAAGUACCACAUUCUGACUGUAUCCAUCAUCAUGGCUUGUCGCUCUCUCGACAUACCUGAGCCCCGAGCAGUGCGCAUCGCCCCUCCUACGCGCUUGCCGCCCACCCCUCCCUCGCUCCUGCGCGACACAGAGUCCGACGGGAGUGGGUUCUCGUCGCCACUCGGCACAGUUGCAUACCUGUUGUCGCCAUUUGGUGGUGCCGGUGGUGCUGCGGCGGCCUGUGCUUGUCCGUCCCCCGCCUGACUGUCAUCCAUCUGUCGCUCCUGGUCUAGCAUUUGCUGGUCGUCUUGCAUCGGCUGGUCCCCAUCGGCAGCUGGGGGCUGUUGCGGUGGUGGGUAUGUGACGCCAUGGUGCUGGCCGACGUGCAUUGCUGCAUCCUCAGGGGGGGUGGGGACGCGCACGGGGGGCCGCACAGCCAUGGGGGCAGCGGCAGGCGGCGGGAUGGGGCGAGGGCAGUGCGGCAUCGCUGACGCGGAUGACACAAACGACAUCACACACCCAUGUUAUGUGUGGUGGAUGCAGUUCACUCUCCCACCAGUCACCUGGGUGGACGAACGCUCCGUUGUGGCUUCCUGGCGGCAACGGGGGACCGCUCACGAUGAUGCCGCCGUGACCUGUCGGCAGCAUGAACGCAUCGAGGCAAGUAUGGGCGGUUGUUUGAGGUCGCCUGUCUGUUCCUGUGUGUCUGAGUGUACCGUAGAAGAAUGGUGGGGGCCAGAAUGGGGGCUGUGGAGGGCCGUACGGGCCCAUAGGAGGCCAGGGUGGGUAGGCAGAUGCUGCUGCAUCGCCUCCCUGGCCACCAGGAGGGGUGGCGUACGCUGAACACGGAGAAGAUGAGGUGGCUCUACUGCUGUUGUUUGUGUGGGUGUCUGACUGACUGACCGGCGGAUGGGUCUUCCAUGUCGUGUGGCUCGGUCUUGGUGACGGUGUCCUGUGCGCCGUAGUAAUGGUCGCCCCCCUCCCCCUCCUCUACCGCUUCCUCGUUCUCGUCACUCACUGAAGUCCACAACACACAACGCAACACAUCUUCAUAGACAAGCGACGGUCUUCACCUUCACCCUCCUCCCGGGCGUCCUCCUCUCCACCCUGGUCGUACUCGUCACCCACUGAAGGAACAAACAAAGGAAACACUACACGGCACAUCCCUGGGCCACAUGAUGCGGUCGGUGUGUGUGCCCGUCCGGCUUACCACCUGAGAGGUCUGCUGCCGCGGCCGUGGCGAACCUUGCUGCCGGACGAUGACCCGCACCAGCACGAUGCCCGUGAUGGUAGGGUGUCUGUGGCGCUUCGGAUGACACUCGCCUUGGGGCUCGCGAGGCUGUUCUGGCGAGCUCUUGCUUGACGUCUGCACACCCUGCUGACAAACAGCAUACAGCACAGAGAGCACACAAUACAUCCAGACAUAUAUACAUGCACACACAUCGUGUGCAUCUGUGGAGGGAAUCUCUUCCUGUGGCGUACCUGCGACGCCCCGGCUGCUCAUGACAGGCGGAUCUGGCCCUCUCAGACUUCACUCACCGCCGCGAGCCCGGCUGGCGUGUGCUUGUGAAAUGGCAAUAAGCGAAAGAGAUCAAUGUAUUUCACACU